AUGGUCAAAAUCUGGGGAGGCUGGCCUGAGGUUCGCAUGAUGCGGCUGGGACCCCAGAGUCAUGGAGGCGAAACAAUGGAACGAGCCGAACCACUCCGUACUAUCAAGCUCAACGUGGCGCCCACGAUCGGAACGGUAGAGGGAUUGUCCACGGGUAAUAAAUCACUUUCAGCAUCCGAGAAAAAUUCUGGUCGCGUGGCUGAUUUGUGCUCGGCGAAGAUACUGGUUCUUCUUGUCGCAAAGCUUGUCAGUGUCUUGUCAAUAGUGAGCAGGGACAAGCAAAAUGCUACUCUUUCCAGUGUACAGCAUGAUUCUGAAACUGGAUCUCGAUGCGGUUUUCAACGUGAUGUUCGAGGCCGUGUUGUAUUUGUCUUCGGUGAUUCGUCAUUCGGAGACGGGAUAGUUUGGUUCAUCGGAACCAUCGAGCCAGAUGGAUGCUCAUAA